AUGCUGUCGUGGGUGAAAAUUCCCAUGCUCUUGCACCCCGCCCUCCAUCGUCUUGCGUUGCUUUUCUGUCUGUCUUGCUGCAAAUUUUGUACGUUGCCUACAGCGCACCUCAUGGCCCUCAAGCGCGUGCGCGAAGAGGCCGCCGAGAACGGCGAAGUCGGCCUCGGCGACACACUGGUCUCCCAACUCCCGAAGAAGCGUCCUGACAUGGCUGCCUGCACCUCCAGCUCCGCAUUGAGUCCUUUCACGCGGCAACCCUUCUCGGCCCGCUACCGUCAACUGUUGCAGUCGCGUCAGCGACUGCCUGUGUUCGAGAAGCGCCAUCUUAUACAGGAGACGGUGCGAACCAACGCUGUCACGUUGCUCGUGGGCGAGACGGGCAGCGGCAAGACGACGCAGGUUCCUCACUUCCUUGCGGAGCUGCAGGACGCCUUCACUGGCGUCAUCGCCUGUACGCAGCCGCGUCGUAUCGCGGCCAUCUCCGUUGCCACUCGCGUGGCCGAAGAAAUGGACGUGCCCCUCGGUGCGCAUGUCGGCUACCACGUCCGCUUCGACUCGCGCCAGUGCGACGCCACGCGGGUGCUCUACAUGACGGAUGGCAUGCUGCUCCGUGAAGCGUUCACGGAUUCCGACCUCCAGAAAUACAGUGUCGUGGUGGUGGACGAGGCGCACGAGCGGACGAUCGACACGGAUGUGGUUCUCGGCCUCCUGAAGCGGCUCCUCACACGGCGUCCGCUUUUCCGGCUGGUGGUCAUGUCGGCCACGCUGGACGUGGCGAAGAUUCAGUCCUACUUCCCCGGCGCGCCCCUCGUGCACGUCUCGGGGCGCAUGCACGACGUGGACGUCUUGUACAUGCCACAUCCGGUGCGCGAUUACGUGGAGGCGACUGUGUCGUGCGUGCUUCAGCUGCAUGAGCGCGAGCCGGCCGGGGAUAUUCUCUGCUUCUUGACUGGCGAGGCGGAGAUUGAGCGGGCUGUCGCUGCACUUCACCAGGCCCUCGGCUCGAGCUCUGCAGCCGCCUCCAAGGAGCAAAACGCGCCGACGCAGGGGCCUGGAAAGGGCUUGACGGUUCUCAAUACGCCGGCGGACGACCUGGCGCGGCCGACGGAGGUGGUGGUGGUGCCUCUCUACGGUUCUCUUAGCCUCCAGGAGCAGCAGAAGGUGUUUGCCACCUAUCCCCCCAACACGCGCAAGGUUGUCGUGGCCACGAACAUUGCCGAGACGUCCGUCACCAUUGACGGCAUUGUCUACGUCGUGGACUGCGGGUAUCAGAAGCAGAGCUUGUACAACUCCGAGGCACGCGUGGACUACUUGCUGCCCGCGGUUAUUAGCAAGGCUUCGGCAGAGCAGCGCACGGGCCGCGCUGGCCGUACGCGGCCUGGCAAGUGCUUCCGCCUCUUCACGUCGGCCGACUUUGCCACCUUUCCCGAUCAAACGCAUCCGGAGAUACUACGCACGAACAUUGUGAACACCGUGCUGCUGCUGCUCACGCUUGGCGUUGCUAACCCUUGCGAGUUCCCCUUCAUCGACCCGCCCUCGGACCAGGGCAUGAGUGACGCCUUCUACCAGCUCUUGUACUUCGGCGCCGUGGAUGACGGGUUGCAGCUCACAGACUUUGGCCGACGCAUGGCCGUGCUCCCUGUGGAUGUCUGCUUGGCACGAAUGCUGCUCAUGGCCCCCAAGCACGGGUGCGGUGCCGACGCCGCGGUGGUGGCGGCGAUGCUGGAGGCUGGAAACGCGUUCAGCCGCCCACCAUCGCGGUUGGCCGAGGCUCGUGAGGCGCACGCGCGCUUCGACAACGCCGACGGCGACCACGUUGCGCUUUUUCGCGUCUUUCACGCGUACUUUAAGAACCAGCAGAACGGCAAACGCUUCUGCUACGAGAACUACCUACGACACCAGACCCUACAGCAGGCGGUGCAGGUGUACAAGCAGCUGCGGCGGUUAAUGAGCCAACUUAUGAUACCAGUGCAGUCCACCUACAUCCCAGAGCGCGAGUACGUGGACACGGUGGCGCUUCGCAAGGCUGUGCUGGAGGGAUUCUUCACACAGGUCGCCUUCUUGACUCCCGUGGCACCCAUCACCCAUAGAGCUGGAGCGGACCCGACGACGCGCGUCUACCGCACCGUCCGGGACGCCUUGAGUGCGACGCUGCAUCGUCAGUCCGUGCUGGCGGCGGCGCACAAGUUACGCGCGCUUCCAACCUGGAUCGUGUUUGACCGUCUGGAGGUGCAAGGGGACUCCGGGACGUUUAUCCGAACCGCCUCAGCAGUGGAGGUGGGCUGGCUGCUGGACGUCAGUGACUUCUACACGGACCUCAGCGAAAUCCCAGACGGCGAGAUUGCGCAGGUGCUGCGCCGUGCUCGUGAGGUGGAAAGUAGUGCACACCCGUGCAAAGCCACGCGUGAGAGUGUGUAG